CCUCUUCCCUCUUUUACCUUUCGCUUCUCUGAAAGCGAAAGUAAAGUUCACAACUCGCCUGCAAAGAUGGACAGAACGCAUUUGCUGAGUGACCAGGAUGAGGCCCAGGCAGUUGAAUCCUGCCCUGCUGCAUCUUAUACAGGUCAGAACCCAGCAAAUGAUGGGGCAUCGGCCCCUCCAGCAGAUGCAAUGCCUGUUGUUCCUGGAUAUGAGAAUUUAGGACCUAAUGUUAUUCCACCAUCAGAUUUUGGACCAGCAGGACCACCAUAUCCACAAGCUCCAUCCAGCGCUCCAGCGAGACGCUUUGACAUUCCUGCUGUCAGUGAAGAACUCGCACAGGAGGCCUUCAUAAAUUAUGUCACCAGCAAAUGCUGUUACAGCUCUAAACCAGCUAAAGAGAUGAUAUUCACAGACCUCCACUCUCUCAACACGUAUCGGUACCGACUGGAAACUUUCACUGAGUCGAGAACAACAGAAUGGGCCAGUGAACCAUACAAUGGUCAGGUGGUCGAUGGAUUUAACGGAGUGGCCCCUGCUCCGUGGAGCAUUCCUGUGCCCAUCCCUGCCCUCUUCCAAGACUCCAAGAAAGCUGUUUGUGUUCCUAACACAUCCACUGUCAAAGGUUGUCAUUCGUGCUUGAGUCUUGGAAGAUCAGCAUGCCACAGAUGCGUAAAUUCAGGAAGAACUCGCUGUGGAGCCUGUAAUGGGACAGGUAGGAUGGUCAAUGGUGAACGCUGCCGCUCAUGUCAGGGAAGUGGCAUGGUGAGAUGUCCUGUUUGCGGAGGAGUCGGCUCAAUUACCUGCAAAACCUGCAAUGGGAAAGGAAAGUUGCUUUGCUUCAUCAAACUAAACAUUACAUGGAAAAACAACGUUUACGCGGCUGUGAUUGACAAGCGUUCAGGAUUCCCUGUUGAACUUCUUGAUCAUAUUACUGGAGAGAUUCUCCUCACUGAUAUGGGUCCAAUGGUUUAUCCAGUUGUAAGUUUCCCAGACAGCUCUAUGAAUUCAGCAUCUGAAAAUGGAGUGAGGGAACAUCAGGCUCAGUUCUCCACCACCUGCCGUAUCCUGCAACAGAAACAAACCAUUGAACUCAUUCCUAUCACUCGAGUGCACUACACCUGGAACGAGAAAACUCACAUUUACUUUGUUUAUGGAGCUGAACACAAGGUCUACACCAAGGAUUAUCCAGCAAAAUGCUGUUGCUGCUCUAUUCUUUAAACAUAUAGUAAACUUCCUGCACUGUAGCUGCUUAUCUUUCAAUUAGGUAGGCUACAUUAUAGUGGUGGUGGGUAUAAAUAUUCAAACCACUUCCUUUGAUUGUUAUUUCAUAUCAACGAGACUGUAAGGCAAGUAAAAAGGAGAACAUGCUCUGUAAUUCUGUAAUUCACUGCCAUCAUUAUACAUUCCCACAUACUGUAUGCUUUUAUAAUGUUCAUUCAUAAUUCAGCACCAUGAAUUACAUACCUUCUUAUAUCAUCACUGCACUUUUCUGUAAGAGAUUGUCAUUUUAAACAAAUUAAACUAGUAGUCUAUGUGCUGCUUGCUUGGUGGCGGUUAACAUAGAUGCUAAAAAGACUACUAAAUAAUAAAUGUAUCGUCAGGAUUUUUUAUUUUUAUUCCAAGAAGUUUAAUAUUGAUGUCAUGACAUGUCAAAGUGUAGCCAUACACAAUGGUGUUGGUGUGCCAUGUGAAAAUACACAAUGUGCCAUU